AUGGACAAUGGAGAUAAUAGCUUGGAGAUUGCCUGCCAUAACCAGGCACAUGGUGACAACGAGAUUGUGAAUAACAUGUACGAAACUGAGGCAGACCUCCUGGCAGGUGAGAGUGCAGAGGAAGAGGUGGAGGAUAGCAUCAUGUCUCCUAUCCCUGUUGGGCCUCCAUCCCCUUUCCCCGCGGGCGAGGAUUUCAACCCCAAAGAAGGCUCGCCGUACGAAGCUCCCGUCUACAUCCCUGAUGACAUUCCAAUUCCGCCCGACUUUGAACUGAGGGAGUCCUCCAUUCCAGGAGCAGGACUGGGCAUCUGGACCAAAAAGAAGAUCGAAAUUGGGGAAAGGUUUGGGCCCUACAUGACCUCGCCGAGGACGAUGUUGAAAGAAACGAGUUUUGGGUGGGAGCAAAUGCUUACAGAUCCGGAGACAGCUUUGCAAGAUGGCUGCAUUAAAAAGCAGAUUGGAGAAGAGCUGGGACCCGAAAAAUUUUGCGUUGAUGCCAGUCAGACAGGAAAUGGAAAUGGGAACUGGUUGAAGUACAUCCGAGUAACCUGCUCCAGUGAAGAACAAAACCUCGUGGCAUGCCCCAUAAAUGACCAGAUUUAUUAUAAAGUUAUUAAAGAAAUAGAACCAGGAGAAGAGCUGCUGAUGUACAUGAAGGAAAGCACUUAUCCGGCUGGGAACAUGCCGCCUAGUUUGGAAGAAGUGCACACGUUUCGCUGUGAGGAUUGUGACGAGCUUUUCCAGUCAAAGAUGGACUUAAGGCGGCACAAGAAAUACUCUUGCAACAACGUCAGCUCCCUCUACGAGUCUUUGAGCGAGGAGAUUAAGCAAGAAAGCGCGGCUGAUGGGCAGGUCCACGAGUGCAAAGACUGCGAGCGGAUGUUUCCGAACAAAUACAGCUUGGAGCAACACAUGAUCAUCCACACUGAAGAAAGGGAGUACAAAUGCGAUCAGUGUCCCAAAGCCUUCAACUGGAAAUCGAACCUGAUUCGUCACCAGAUGUCACAUGACAGCGGCAAGCGAUUUGAAUGUGAAAACUGUGUGAAGGUGUUUACUGACCCCAGCAACCUCCAGCGGCACAUCCGUUCCCAGCACGUUGGCGCACGGGCACAUGCCUGCCCAGAUUGUGGGAAAACUUUUGCUACUUCGUCUGGCCUCAAGCAGCAUAAGCACAUUCACAGCACUGUCAAACCUUUCAUAUGUGAGGUCUGCCACAAGUCCUACACGCAGUUCUCCAACCUGUGCCGUCACAAGCGGAUGCACGCCGACUGCCGGACCCAGAUCAAAUGCAAGGACUGCGGGCAGAUGUUCAGUACCACCUCUUCACUGAACAAGCACCGGCGCUUCUGUGAGGGCAAGAACCAUUAUAACCCUGGGGGGAUUUUCGGCCCAGGCUUGCCUCUAACCCCCAGCUCCAUGAUGGACAAAUCCAAGCCAUCUCCCAAUCUCAACCACGCCAGCCUUGGGUUCAACGACUACUUCCCAUCCCGGCCGCACCCAGGAGGACUUCCGUUUUCACCCACUCCUCCAACAUUUCCAGCCCUCACUCCUGGCUUCCCAGGUAUUUUCCCUCCCUCUCUAUAUCCUAGGCCCCCUUUAUUACCUCCGACACCGCUGCUCAAGAGUCCCAUCAACCACACCCAAGACGCCAAGCUUCCCAGCCCCCUGGGGAACCCAGCCCUCCCCCUUAUUUCUGCAGUGAGCAACAGCGGCCACCCCAACUCAGGGGAGGAGAAGUUCAACAACAGUAACCUGGGGAACUCCUACCUAGAGAAGCACAAAGCUAGGACCAGCGAUGUGUCAGAUGCGAGUGAUUUUGAGGACAUCAACACCACCACGGGCACAGAUCUGGACACCACCACUGGCACCGGGUCGGAUCUGGAAAGCGACGUGGAGAGUGACAGGGACAAAAUGAAGGACAAGAGCAACCCGCCUGAAAGCAAACCGGAUUUCAUCGGUAGCUCGGUGUCCGCCAGUUCUGCCAACAACAUGAGCGACAUCCCUCUUUUCUACUCUCAGCAUUCAUUCUUCCCUCCCCCUGAAGAGCAGAUGCUUCCCACGGUGGGGGCGGCCAACGACUCUAUAAAGGCCAUCGCCUCCAUCGCGGAGAAAUACUUUGGGCCCGGCUUCAUGGGGAUGCAGGAGAAGAAAAUAGGUUCCCUCCCUUAUCAUUCCAUGUUUCCAUUCCAGUUCCUCCCUAACUUCCCCCAUUCGUUGUACCCUUUUACGGACCGGACCCUGAAUCACAGCUUGCUGGUCAAGGCAGAACCAAAGUCGCCCAGGGACCUUCACAAAAUGGGCAGCAGCAGCUCCGAAUCACCCUUCGACCUUACCACAAAGCCAAAAGAAAUUAAGCCAGCCUUGCCACCCCCCAAAAUCCUACCCGCCCAUCCUUCUGGGGAGGAACAGCCACUAGACCUGAGCAUUGGGAACCGCAUUCGGGCCAGCCAGAACGGGAGCCGGGACUCCCGGAAGAACCACAUUUACGGAGAGAGGAAGCUAAUGGCCAAUGAAGUAUUACCCAAGAUUUCUCAUGCUCAGAUGCCGCCACAGCCAUCCCUGCAUUACGCUAAGCCAUCGCCUUUUUUCAUGGACCCCAUCUACAGGGUGGAGAAGCGGAAGGUGGCGGACUCAGUGGGAGCACUAAAGGAGAAGUACUUGAGGCCUUCCCCGCUGCUUUUUCAUCCCCAGAUGUCGGCAAUAGAAACCAUGACGGAGAAAUUGGAGAGUUUUGCAGCCAUGAAAGCAGACGCCAGCGCCUCUCUGCAGCCCCUUCCGCAUCACCCAUUCAACUUCCGGUCGCCGCCCCCCACGCUAUCUGAUCCCAUUUUGCGCAAGGGCAAAGAACGUUAUACCUGCAGGUACUGUGGUAAGAUCUUCCCACGUUCAGCAAAUCUGACGAGACAUCUCCGGACACACACAGGGGAACAGCCUUACAGGUGUAAAUACUGCGACAGAUCUUUCAGCAUUUCAUCAAACCUCCAACGCCACGUCCGAAACAUACACAACAAGGAGAAGCCAUUCAAAUGCCACUUGUGUAAUCGAUGCUUCGGCCAGCAGACCAAUCUCGACCGGCAUCUGAAAAAGCACGAACACGAAAACGUUCCAGUGAGCCAGCACUCCGGGGUCAUCACGAACCACCUUGGGACCAACGCUUCCUCUCCGACCUCAGAAUCAGAUAACCAUGCACUUUUAGACGAGAAAGAGGACUCGUAUUUCUCUGAGAUCAGAAACUUUAUUGCAAAUAGCGAGAUGAACCAGUCGUCGGCUCUAGCGGAUAAAAGGCCUGAACUCCCGAAUAAUGACGGCAACUCCCAGUGCCACAGCCUUGCAAAUGACAAAACGGAAGACGUGGACGAGGAAGAGGAAGAACUGGAAGAGGAAGACGACGACAGCCUGACGGGGAAGUCACAGGACGAGACGGCGUCUCCGACAACGGAGCCGCAGGGAGGGUAUGAGGAUGAGGAAGAUGAAGAGGCCGCAUCCCUUACCAUGAGUUUCGACCGCACCCGAAGGUGUAUUGAGGAGGACGAAGCCGGCUUGUUAGAUUUGGAGCAGAUUCCGCAUUUUGGGAAGGGGCUGGAUCUACGCAAAGCGUCCGAGGAAUCUUUUGAAGUUAAAGAUGUGUAUAAUCCCACCUUAGACUCUGAGGCAAUUAAACAGACUCUGUACAGGCAGGCUAAAAAUCAGGCUUAUGCAAUGAUGUUGUCCCUUUCUGAGAGCACUCCCCUCCAUCCUUCUUCCCAGAACUCUCUGGAUGCUUGGUUGAACAUGGCGGGGGCAGCUUCUGAGUCGGGAGGCUUCAACUCCGUCGGUCACCUCUGA